UCUCCUUAGCCAAGGUCAAGCUUUGCAACAAGCCUCUAUUCCUCUGCCCAGAUGCCCAGGCCACUGUUGCCUUUGGUAUCCAAGAACAGGAAUCACAACGAAAACAACCUGGACCCCACAGACCACAGCGCUUCAGUCACUGAAGAAAAACAGGAGAAAUGUGGGAAAAAAGGCAAAGUGUCUAUGAUGGUUUCUGACAAAUCAUCCAAUCCCUUCCACAUGCCCGGAGACCUGGAUUUCUUCGUGAUCAGAGAACAGGAGUGGAAUAAGACUCACUCAGAGCGGCAGCAGAAGAGGAAGUUGGGGGUGCACCAGAAGAUGACCUACUCGUCCAAAGUGUCGGCCAAGUUCACCAGCCUGCGGCGUGAGCUGCAGCUGCAGGACGAGCUGGAGGACCGGGAGGUGCGCGCCGAGGUGGAGCAGCUGAGCAGCUUCCACGAGAGCACCGCCUGGAAGCUCUCCAUGACCAAAGAAAAGAACAUAGAAACUGAGAACAUGAACGACUACAUUAAAGAGAAGCGGCAGGCUUUCCUCCUCCAGUAUGCCGUGGAUAUGAAGCGGUCUGAGAUCCAGCGGCUGGAGAUGCUGGCGUCCAAGGAAGAGGCGGAGCUGGAACGGGCCGAGAAGGCCCUGGAGAAGGACGCGGCCCUAUUCGAUGAGUUCCUCAGAGAAAAUGACCGCAGCUCCGUGCAGGCGCUGAAAAUGGCUGAGAAGGAGACCAAAGCCAAGAUGGAGAAAGUCUUCGAGAUCCGAGAUCUGACCACCCAGAUCAUGAAUAUCAAAAGUGAAAUCUCCAAAUUCGAAGACAAUCUACAGCAUUACAAAGUCUACAAGGAUUUCCUAUACAAGCUGUCACCCAAGGAGUGGCUGGAAGAACAAGAGAAGAAGCGUCUGGCUCUCAAAAAGGCCAAGGAGAUCUCCGGGGACAGCAAAGAGAGCUCUGCGUACUCUACACCAGGGGACAAAGAGUGGCAAAGCCAUAAGAAGCUCUCCAAGGGUCAUCAGGGCCUGCGCACGGGGCAGGCCAUGGUGAGCAUCAACAGCACCCAGCAAGGCAGCCAGAGCAGCCAGAGCAGCCGGAGCCGGCAGGGCAGCCGGGGCAGCUUGCCCAGCAGGCUGGACCUCAAUGGGUCCACCUCUGCCCCCUCGGUGCUGGACGACCCAGACAGCGAAGGGGAGCUCUGCUUGCAGGAGCUGGCACUGUACUUCACGGAGCCCCAGCAGCUCCUGGACGUCUUCAUGAAACUGGAGGAGCAGAACCUCUCGCUGAUCCAGAACACACAGGAGAUGGAAGAGACGCUGGAAGAGCUCAACUUCACCCUGAAGAACACCCAGAAUCGCAUGGACAGGGAGGUCAAGCAGCUGAAGCAGUGGAUCAACACGCUGAUGAUGUCUAUUGCCAAGGAGGAGGAGACAGCUGCCGAUCUGGAGCUCAAAUCCCGAGUCUUUCACUUCGGCGAGUACAAGGGUGGUCAGGAGGACAAGCUGCUGGAGAGCCUGAACCGGAAGGUGCUGUCAGUGUACCAGCAAUGCAUGGGCGCCCGGCAGGACCCCAACCUGGGCACAGUGCAGAUGCUGACCGUCAUCGAGCACCAGCUGGACGAGCUGCUCGAGAACCUGGAGCGCAUGCCUCAGUACAAGGUGGAGGAGGCCGAGAAGGCCAAGGAGAAGGAGCGGCGCAAACGAAUCCGGGAUGAGAAGCUGAGGCUGCAGAAGAUCCUUCAAGAGGAGCGUCUACAGCGGGCCCGGGCCCGUGUCCAGGCCGAGAUCAAGAAAAAGAGAGGCCGAAGGCUGGUGUGUCGCUCUCGGCCUCCAGCCUCGAAAACCAAGGAGAAGGUCGAGCCCGCCAUGAUAAACAAGGAAGAGGAGGAGCAGCUGUUUUUCUUCACCUAGGCCUGGGGGCGCCGGCCUGGCUAGCAGCACAGCGGCGGGCAGCAGGAGCGGGACGGGGCUGGGUCAGGCCCGGUGGGCCUGGCGCCGCCCUCGCAGGCUCUGCUGCGGGCCUCUGACUGUGCAGAAUAAACUCCGUUAUCUCUCGGGUGUCUCGCAGGCCUGCUGGAGCAGACACAGCUCCCAAGGUCAGCUUCCCCUUUUAAUGCUGAGCCCUAAGCACAUGCUUGAGGAACAAGCCCUCGGGGCGCUCUGCUAGCAGAAGCCAGUUCCACACUGGGGUGCAAGGUAGGGUCAGCCCC